AGAAAUGAUGGACUCGCAAAACCUUGAUAUUAUGAAGUUGUGACAGAGUUUGAUAUUCCUUUUAUUUCAGACUCUUAUGAUGGACAAUGAAGCACUUUCAUCUUUACACUCCGGGUCGUUGCCUGGUGCAAAUGUGAUGGUAGAUGGUUAUCUUCGAGGAACAUGCAUCUCCAACAUCAGGAAAAGCCAUGCCAAUCCUUUUCAAAAUCCUGGUCAGAUGACGUUUUUAGAUGAAAACACGAAGUCAAAAGAUAGUCAUGACAGACUUACUGAGCACAAUACAACCGCAAGGAAAUUUCGCAAAUCUACAUCAAAUAUGCGAGAGUAUAAUGCGCAGUAUAAUGGGCUCAUAAUCAUUCCGUGGGAGGAAUUUGUGUCAAACCCAACUCAGCUCAAUGAUUUGUUUCACUUAGAAAAAACUGGCUUCAUAACAUUUGAUCCUGAUGAAGUAAAUGUCUUUUUUCAUGCAACUAGAAUGAAUAAACCUCCUCUUGGCAAUAUCAGCGAAAACGGCAAGGCCUGGGUUUUGACCGUAGAAAAUAGUCGUGAACUGGAAGAGCUUAGAUUGUCACUUACGGAGAGAAUAUCAGUUUUUGGAUUGACCUUAGUAAGAAAACAGUCCAAACAAAAACAACGAGCACCGUGUUUGUUGAUGCUCGACCCCACUGCUGGAGUUCUUGGCGAGCAACUGAAUGCUCAUAUAAUGAGAUGUUCCAAAAUCAUGGAACAACAAGGAAAAUUUUGCAUUGAGAUAUCCUUCAAUGGGUCAGUAGAGCGAUGGUGCAGAAAGGUUACAUCAACAAAGUGUGAGUCAGUUGGUGCCAAACUUUUGAUUACGAAUGGUGAUGAACCUGAAAAUCUGAGGACCUUGGAGAAUAUCCUCUGUUGUGUUGUAUGUCUUCCUAUAUGGGCAAUACAAACCGCAGUCAUCAAGUUGCAUCGAGAAGUUGCUUAUCAAGAUUUAUCUGCGACAUUCGAUGCUGAGGAAAUCCUGUUGCAUGGUUCUGUUGGGGGUAUUCAAAAUCAGAGAAAGCAAUUAUUUAGAGAGCUUCCAACCUCUACGGUUUUCUACACGAAAUCCCAAGAAACUCCUGCAGAGGAUCAGGGUCACAAAUACAUUUGCAUCAAGAAAUACGACAAAAAUUUUGCAAACGUUUUAGAUGAUAAUAUAAGCCAAGAAAAUCAGUACGAAACUACAAGCAUUUAUAAUCUGUUUGAAGAUAAACAUAAACGUACUUCAUUCAAGCUUAAGGAAGAUCGGAAAUCCCCAGAAUUGAUAGUCAGUAAAAACGUGGACAUUAAGAUCGCUCCUCAGUCAAAAGACUUGCCAAGAGAUUCCCGUAACAAUACUGCGAACACAAACGAAGCACAUUCAGCGAGACACUGUGAAAAUGCAGUCUCCCAAAUUUAUAUUGACCACAAACGAGAUUUACACGGCAUCGAAACAUAUGACGAAAAAGAUGACGAUGAUGAAAAUGAUUUGUUCACUACUAAAAUUCAUGAACCUGUUAAACAAAAUCGAUUGCUUAAAUACGAGAGGAAAGAAUCAAACGAUGAAAAGGAAAUCAGAAAAACACCAGCUGAAAAUGAAAUCUUAGGUGUGAAAGAUGACUUUACAAGAAGUUUUUCUACCUAUCAAGAACAGUCCCAUGGUGAUGAUGCAUCACCUAGAUCAGAUAGUCAUCGAAAUACAGUUCAGAACUCCAUCAGUGAAAGUGGAAAGGACAGGGUAGAAGAUAUCGGCCGACGAAAUGAUCUCAAAAAGAUAACUACGAUUGAGGGUGUUGGACAAUUUGAAAAGUCUGGUGAUAAACUUCAAGAAAAAACAAGUGGACUGGAUGAUGUUUCUUCUAACAACACCAAUGAAUGGGAUAUGGACAUUUCUGAUUUAGAAUCUGAAAAUUCAUUUGAAACAGAAACUGAAGUACAAUCAAGUAUUGAAGUGAAACAACCACACCGCCAUAACAUUCAGAGGAGGAAGGAUCCAAGAUACGACUCCAGAAGAAAAUACCUAGGUGUGCAUACCCCUAAAAGAAAGCUCAGAACAAGUCUUUCAAACGCCGACAGUAUAGGAUAA